UUCACUUUUUCAGGUUCAAUUAACCUAGCAAUACCUUUCUCUUUUACCAGCAUACAUAUAGAAACAUAAUAUAAUAUUCAAUGAUGGAGUCUUUCUGUGGUGUAGACAAUGAUUUUAGGUACUUUUUUGCUUCUUUAAUAACUCCAGUGAUUGUCGUCUCUCCAGCUUUGUUAUUACCAGGCAGCUAAAGGUUUGGCCCUACCUUGGGGCUUUCAAAAAAGGUUCCAACAUAUUCAUUAUUGUAAUUGCCCUGGGUCGCCAUUUUCAUUCAACAAUGGCUGAGAAUCCUGUUAAUGGGUCCAAUUGUAGGGUGGAUCCCGGUUCAGCCAAAUCAAACAACCAUCCUGGUUCCAACUCAGAGGGAAAUUGUCCAUACGGUAAUGAAAACGCCGACUUCUCCUAUACUGUGUUAAAAUACAUAAACGAUGUGCUUAUGGAAGAAGAUGUAGAGGGUAGACCCUGCAUGUUGCAGGAUUGUUUAGCUCUCCAGGCUGCGGAGAAAGCUUUCUAUGAUGUUCUAACUCAGAAGUAUCCCUCUUCACCUCCUCAUUUCCAUCACAAUUUACAAGUCCCAAACAAAUCAACCUGGCAUUAUGAUCCACACGACGACUUUGAUUCAUUGGAAGAAAGGAGGAAAAACAAGCAUUUGGCAAUGGCUGUAGAAGGUUCGUCUGAAGAACACAUGUUCGACGAGGUUUUCCUUGUUAAGACUGGGAAUGGUGUAUCCAUGUCAUGUCCUCUUUAUGAAGGAUAUCAGAAUAGAGAAGCCAACAGCAAGUUGGAAGAUAAUGGAGAGGUGAAAAGAAAUAAUAGGAAAAGAAUACCUGCAAAGAAACAAGCCGGCAAUGGAAAGGAAAUGGUGGAUUUGGGGAGUCUCCUAACUCAAUGCGUACAAGCUGUUGCCGUAUAUGACCAAAGAAUUGCAACUGAGCUACUUGGUAAGAUCGGGUACUAUUCUUCUCCUUAUGGUGAUGGAACUGAGAGGUUGGCUCAUUACUUUGCCAAGGGUCUCGAAAUACGCUUAAAUGGUACCAGGGCACCUCUAUUCACCCAAAUUCCAUCCAAUACUACAUUGGCCACUGAUGUCUUAAAAUCCCACAUUUUACAUGUUUCAGUAUUUCCUUUCGGGAGGAUAUCAAAUUUGUUUUCAAAUCGAAACAUUGCAAAGCUAGCAGAGAAGGCAACCACGGUCCAUGUUAUUGAUUUCGGCAUUGCCUAUGGUUUUCAAUGGCCUUGCCUUAUUCACCGUCUCUAAACAAGGUCUGGCGGGCCUCCUAAGCUUCGCAUUACGGGGAUUGAUUUUCCCCAACCUGGUUUCCGUCCUGCAGAAAGAAUUGAAGCAACAGGUCGUCGUUUAAGAAGGUAUUGUGAGAAUGUUAAUGUCCCAUUCGAGUUCAAUGCCAUAGCAAAAAGAUGGGAAACCAUCCGAGCCGAGGAGCUGAACAUCGAAAAAGACGAGUUGCUCGUCGUUAAUUGUAUGUACAGGCUAAGGAACCUCCCUGAUGAUUCAGUCACGUUGAACAGUCCAAGGAACAUGGUUUUAAAGCUGAUCAAGAGAUUGAAUCCAGAUCUUUUCAUCCAGGGAGUUGUUAAUGGGAAUUACAACUUCCCAUUCUUUAUCAAUCGAUUUCGGGAGGCAUUCUUCCACUUCUCAGCAAUGUUUGACGUACUGGAGGCCAAUGUAGGUGGUGAAGAUCCAGAUAGAUUGCUGCUUGAAAGAGAAACGUUUGGAAGGGAUGCCAUUAAUGUUAUAGCAUAUGAAGGGAUGGAGAGAAGUGACAGAUCAGAAACAUACAAGCAGUGGCAGUUGAGGAACCAGAAAGCUGGUUUCAGGCAGCUUUCAUUAGAGCAGAAUAUGUUGAAUAGGGCAAGGACAGUGUUGAAAUCGGACUACCACAAGGAUUUUGAUAUUGAGGUGGAUGGCAAGUGGAUGCUUCAAGGCUGGAAAGGGAGAGUAAUCCAUGCACUUUCUUGCUGGAAACCUGUCCAGGACUAAUCUGCUUGCAUAUACAUCAAACUGAAAUAACUCAGUAUCCGAAGUUUAAUCUAAACUUUUAGGACAAGUAAAAGAACAUGGAAUGCCUCAAUCUUGAGAAUAGGCCUUGUUUCUCUAUGACUCCUGGAAAGUAACUCAAGCACAUGAUUCAGAAUAGCUUGGGCUGUAAUGUAGCAGUCUUCAUGAAACCUAUACUUGUGCAGAUUACAUCUUUCUGAUAGGAAAGGAACUUCAGAUCAGUUCAAUACAAAU